AUGCGGCUGACUGGGCCCACAACAGAGACCUGCUGGGAUGCUCUGAAGCUGAAGCAGCACUCCAAAAGUGCAGGAUGGCGUGACGCCAUUGGGCUUCUCCGCGUCGCAGGCAGUCUUCUGGCUCGGCCAAAUCUAUUCACGUACACACUUGGCAUUCGGAGUCUCAAAAAGUCUUCUCGCUGGCGAGAUGCCACGGCUUUGCUGCAGUUUCUCGUGGGGAUUCAAGGCAUUCAGCCGGACACUGUUUGUGUUGGGACAGUCCUUUCAACAUGCAAGAAGUGGGUCACGGCUUUGCACUUUCUUGAGCGCCUGGAGAUGACGGCUGUCAGGGUGGGCGGAGUGAUGCUGGGCCAGGCGACCUCAUCAUGCAUGCGACAGAUGCUAUGGGAACGGGCCGCGCAACUUCUCUGCACGUUCUCCGAUGCACGUAGCAUUCCAGACUCGCAAAGCUUCACAGCCGGAAUUCAGGCUUGUGUUGCCGAGUGGUGCGUCGCGUUGCAGAAAUUGGAGGAAAUGGGGGUGCUCCGCAUGUGUGUGGAUGACAUCGCAACAAAAGCAGCCAUGAACUCCUUGACACAAGCUGGCCUUUGGCAGAAGAUGCUUCAGAUGUUCACCAGACUGGACGACAUUGACGAACUCAGCUGCUCAAGUUGUAAGACUGCAUGUAUGAAAAGUGCGACCUGGGUGAUGCCUUUGACGCUUCUGGAUUCCGGGUUUUCGCUACGGCUGGGUUUAGACAUCAUUGACAUGAGUACCGUGAUUUCGGCAUGCGAAAAGGGAAGAAAAUGGGCCGGCUCUGUUGCUCUGCUGCACGAUGCACAGCAAAGCAAACUUCGCAUUGACGCUGUUUGCUGGGAUGGGUCGAUGCCAUCUGGUGAGCCAACAUGGCAGCUUGUCUUGUUCAUGAUGCAAGAGGCUGCCCGCUCCGCGCUGGCAUCACGGACAUGCUCAUACAACCGGGGCAUCAGUGCAUGCCAUCGGAGCAGCCAGUGGCAGCUUGCACAUGGUCUUCUAAAGGGUGGCCUGCAGCCAGAUGCUCUGAGCUACAACUCGGCAGUGGCAGCUUUCCGUGUUUCUUCUCAAUGGCAAGAAGCCCUUCGCGCGCACCAGGCAAUGGUCGAAGACGCUGUCCUUCCAGAUGCGCUGACCGAGAAGACAGUGGCCAGUUCCCUUGCUAGCCAGUCCUGGCGCUAUGCGUUGCUGCUGAUCUCGAUGUCCAAAAGCUCCAAGCUGAACUCCAGUACAACCGGCUUACAGUCUGUCGCCGCCAAUUGGGUGGGCUGGCAGCAAGCUUGUGCCUCCUGUGCCUUGAUGAUGCAGGAGGGUGUCUCAUGCGAUCGUUCGACUUACACGUCGUGGAUAUCAACAUGCGCCAGCGCAACGAUGUGGCUAAGGGCCAUUACUUUGUACAAAAGCACAAUGCUAAACACCGUGCAACCUGACUCAGUGUGGCAGCCCAUCAUCUCUGCAAGUACAGAUCAAUGGCGGCAAGCCCUCGAGUUCAUCAGCAGGCUUGGCAGGCUGCAGUCGACACCUUUGUGGAGGCAGUACUUGCCAUCGGCAGCAAGCAAGGUGAGGUGGCGAGCGCUUGUUCUUGCUCUCAUGCGAUUUCAAGAGGCGAACGGAGAGCCUGACCUGAAACUGAGUGGUGUGUUAUGUGAGUCUACGACACGAGCGGGGUGGCGCAAGGUCAUGGCGUUGGUUCACCAGUUCGGUUUGCAGCAGAUCAGCAUGGAUGCCUUUUUGUAUAGCAGCGCAAUGAGCUCAUGUCGAUCGAGUCAAUCAGGGAAAUGGUCACUGGUGCGGGCUUUGCUCGAUCGUUCUACAAGAUGUUCCCAGUGUGACACUGUUGUUUGGAACUCGUUCUUGGCGAGCAGAGGUGUGCUCUGGCCUACAGCUUUGAGCACGUUGAGCGACAUGGGUUCUGCUGGUUACAAAGCAGAUACCAUCUCGUACAAUUGCAUAGUGGCUGCGUGUAGGGAGCAAUGGCAGCUAGUCGUGGCGAGCUAUGAGCACAUGGCUUCCUUGAGCCUUGAGCUGGAUGUGGCCUUCUCAUCAGCUAUCGAUUGCUGCAAGCACUCUUUGCAGCUACAGGUUGGGAGGCGCAUCUUGGACGGUGCCAAGCAGAUUUCGUGCAUAAUGCGCUUCUGGGCAAUGGCACAGAUGUCUAUUUUGACGGAUUUGAGUUCUUGCUUUGCAGAUGUCUUGCGGCAAGUGGCCACGCGGAUGUUGACGUGUGCCGAAGUUUCCAAGCUUUGGUGGGCUACUGCUUCGCUUGGCCUCCACCACUCCGAGAUGCUAAGGCAUCUGGAGACUCACAGCACCCGGCUGUUGUCAAGGUUCACGCUUGAAGAGUUGGUUGCUGUCGCCAUGGGUGCCUGUACCACUGCUGCUGACGCGCAGUUUCUCCGUGCACUUCAGUUUGAAGUGACUUCGAGGGCUGAGGCGCUUGAGCGUCAGGAAGAAACUGCUCCGCAAGUGAUCUUGCAACAGCUUGUUGGCAUACUAUGGGCCCUGAACUUUGCCGUGCCUGUGCGCCAUCGUGUCUUCGUGUGCUUUCGACAGCUCUUUCGUAGAUUGGCAUCGCUCCUGGAUGUUGUCAGCUUGUCAGAAGACUCUGGCGCUCGUACGAUCCACAGUACCCUGGAUCGCCACCUAACUUCUCCAGCAGUAGUGCUGACUUUAUCAGAUUGCCUUGUCACCGCGAAGCCAGCCGGUUGGGAAGUGUAUGGCGAUACAAAGCUGCAGAUGUUACCUUACAUUCAGACAUUGCUGGGAGAGCUGCCAAUUCACCAGGAUCCAGAACACGCUUUCGGCUUUCUUCAUCGUUUAGAUAUACCAAGCUCAGGAUUGAUCUUGUCUGCCUCGACGUAUACCGCACUGUAUGACUUACAGCUUCAACUGGUAAGUGGCCGACUUCUGCGAGACUAUGUCGUCCUUUGCCAUGGGCAUGUUCCGAAGCAUCUCAGUGAGAUUCAAGUGCGGUUACAGCUGAACGACGUAGCAACUGCUGGUGCUCAGGGGAAAGCCGCUCGCACCUUGGUACACGUGGUUGCCAGAACAAGCAACACUGAGGGCAUGGCAUUCAGCCUCACUCUGGUACGCAUACUGACAGGACGACUGCACCAGAUUCGAAGUCAUUUCGCUUUUGUUGGCCAUCCCACUGCAAGUGACGGCAAGUACACAACUGCAUCAACAUUUGGUGCCGACCUUGGCAUCUGCCCACGCAACUUCCUGCACCGGUAUCAUCUUUCGUUUGAAGAUCGACGGGGAUGUACACAUCGGGUGUUUAUGCAUCUUCCUGCUGACUUGUGCAACUGCCUGAAGUCGUUGACAGCACUGGAUGAAGCGACCAGUCAACAGCUGGAAAAGUGGGUCCUUGGUCAGGAGCAAUUUUGGGAAGAGUUCGUCCCAGACGGGUGA